UGAUUAACUUUUAACAACAAAUCACCCACACAGACUUUUGGUACAAAGAGACUGUAUAACAUUUAAUAGUCCCCUCAGGCAUUUCCUUGGUAUUCAUCCAGACCCGAGCUCACAGCUCACAGCUCACAGCUCUGCAAUCAGGUGAUGGUCACAAGACCAACGGCUUAAUCCUCCUACAAAAGCAAGAACAGAAAUUUCAGUCUUUCUUAAUGUGCAUGCACCCAAGUGGAACACAACAUGAUUUGGCUUUAAGCGUUGUUUCCACAGAUGUUAAAACUAUCACUGAAUCUAAUUUGAAAAUACACAACUGGGGACCGUAGCAGACUGAGAUUCCACACUCUUCAGGGAGAACCAAUUGAGCAUUUCACUGCUCAAAGUUGAUGUACCAAGUGAUUCAUCACCAUUAACUGGAGGAAACAAACUGGUAAAAUAUGAGGAACGCGCUGAGUCUUGGCCUUUUUUGUUUACUCUUUUGGCCUGAGAUUGCAGAGGCUCAGUUUCCUCGAGUGUGCUGCACAGUCGAGGGGAUCCUGUCCAAGCAGUGCUGUCCCUCUUUGGGAUCAGAUGCCGCCAAUGUGUGCGGUUCUCUGUCAGGGAGAGGAAGCUGCUCUCCUGUUCGUGUCGACAGCAAACCCUGGGGAGGACCUUACAGACUGAGAAACGUCGAUGACAGAGAGAGAUGGCCGACCAAAUUCUUCAAUCAGACUUGCAGAUGUACUGGUAACUUUGCAGGGCACGACUGUGGUCAGUGUAAAUUUGGCUGGACCGGACCAAACUGUGACCAGAGGAAAGCACCUGUGGUCCGGAGGGACAUCCACUCCCUGACCCCCGAAGAGCUCCAGAAGUUCCUUGAUGUUCUUGAACUGUCUAAGACCACCACACAUCCAGACUAUGUCAUUGCCACCCAGCACUGGCUGGGACUCCUGGGACCAAAUGGAACUGAGCCCCAGGUUGCCAACAUCUCCAUCUAUGACUUCUUUGUCUGGCAGCAUUACUACUCCGUCCGAGACACUCUUCUUGGUCCUGGCCGUCCAUUCAAAGCCAUUGAUUUCUCACACAAAGGACCAGCAUUCAUCACUUGGCACAGGUAUCACCUCCUCAGCUUGGAAAGAGAGCUACAGAGAUUGGCCGGCGAUGAGAAUUUUGCGAUCCCUUACUGGAACUUUGCCACCGGGCAAAGUGAGUGUGAUGUUUGUACCGACUCAAUGCUGGGAGGCCGAAACCCAGACAACCCAUCCCUCAUCAGCAACCAGUCCAGAUUCUCCAGAUGGGGGGUGGUGUGCAACAGUCUGGAUGACUACAAUCGCUUGGUGACUCUCUGUAAUGGCACCAAUGAGGGUGUAAUUCAGAGAGGGAUAAUGGAGGAAGGUAACAGGACUAUGCCGACCAUGAACGACGUCAGAAGCUGUCUUGGAAUCAGAGAUUUUGACAGCCCACCAUACUUCACCAACUCCUCCUUUAGUUUUAGGAAUGCUCUUGAAGGGUACGAAAAACCAGACGGAGAGCUGGACGAAUCAGUCAAUAACCUUCACAACCUCGUCCACUCUUUGCUCAAUGGAACCAGCGCCCUGUCUCACUCUGCAGCCAACGACCCCAUUUUCCUGGUGCUCCACGCUUUCACUGAUGCCAUUUUCGAUGAGUGGAUGAGAAGGUUUGUUCCAUCCAACGCCACUUUCCCGGAUGAGAUGGCACCCAUUGGUCACAACAGAGAUUACAACAUGGUUCCCUUCUUCCCUCCAAUCACUAACGAGGAGAUUUAUGUUACAUCUGAGCAACUGGGAUAUUCCUAUGCCGUAUCCCUGGAUGACGCAGAUGGAGGGCUGCCUGUGUUUGUGCUGGGCUCCACACUGGGGGGAGUCUUCAUCGGUCUCCUGGUGCUUCUCCUUAUCUUUGUGCUCUACCUGCGUCAACGGAAAAACAGAGGCUUUGAACCUCUGAUAAAGGCAGACUUCACAAAUAGGAAAUACACAGAGGAAGCAUAGUUCACCUGUUCAGACAUGAAAAACAGUUAUACCUAAGAGGGAUGGAGCAGUUCUGUGUUCUGCGGACCCUGUGAGGAAAAUAUCAAUCCUGUAAGCAAAUCACAUUUUCAUUUAUAGAUAUAUUACAUACUACAGUUAAUCUAAUUUAAGAAGAAUCAGAAAGUACUAAUCAUAUCUCAAUUUGAGUUUAAGUGAGACCAAUCAAAUUUCUUUUAGUGAGCUUAGAAAAAAUUACUCCAUUUCCAUCUUUGUCUUUCAUAAAGUUGUAUCUCUUACAGUCACCACAAAUACAAAUCUAUUGGAAUGUUUUUAAUAAAUAUUUAUUCUCAAGAACAGUAACAAAACACAAAUGCAAUCACCUUAAUUGCAUUGGAAAAACAAUAAGGCAUAUUUGCUCAACUAGUUCUUCACCCCUCUUAGUUUGAAACCCAAACUCUUGACAAGAUUAGCACGUGACUUCAUACGGCAAUGCACCGAUUGUAAAAAAAAAAAAAAUGUUGACUUAGUGUUACCCGCUAAUUCUAUUUUUCAGAUAAUUUCUCUGACCAGACAUCCAUUUUCAACAUUUUAUUGCAAAAAUAUUACCAUUAAAAGUUCAAUGAUACAAAACAUAAAAAGGGCAUCCUGUAAGAUCAAUAUUCAUAAUAAAGAAUCAUUUUAAAUGACACAUCUGAUGUAUUUUCUUUUUUUUCUUGCAACGUGGAUGCAAACGCUGAUGUAAAUGCAAUAAUGAAAACCAUAACAAAUAUUCAUUGAUAUACUGCUAAGGGCAUAACACUGGUUAAUUCCUUGGAUAUGUAAGCUUAGCUGGCCUGGUGGUUAUGGAGCUGACGAGCUCUCAGAGAACAGUGGAUGUACAUACAGGCUGGUUUUGUCCGCCCCCCUCAGCACUGCCAGGCCUCUCACAUUCUCUGUAAGUACGGUCUACUGAGGAGCUUCACUGAAGCAUUCAGCCCUGUCCAGUCUCCACAGAUUCUCAUUUCACAGGUGACUGUGGUCGGCUUCAAGCCUGUCUGUGCUGCAGACAUAACCAUUCGAGCUUUACAGAUAAAUUUAGGGACCCCUUUCUUUGCAUUUCCAGUAACCACCGUGUGCUGUUUGCUACUUCGUCUCUUAAUAAAUCCCCUCACCUUUUACAUAACUGUGGUAAUAAAAUUUCAGAAAUAGCGACAGUGAACUUGACUUUUUUUUUUUUUAACUGUCAAUAAUUCUGUUUUGUAGGUUUUCACACACCGCAACGCACAUUUUGACGAUUAUUUUAUCCAAGCAGUUACAAGCUAAGCAUUGGCUAUUCAAUCACAUACACAGACGUGGCAAACAACGUUUCUUUUUUGUUUGUUUCUUUUUGUUCACGUUGUUCUUGUAUACGUGCAUCCAGAAUUCCUGGAACUUCUAAAAAUGUUUGAUAUUUGUGGCAAUGCUUGUAGACCGUUCUGUCUUUAUGGGCCCUGAUUCCUGUAAAUUUUUAUAAAGAUCUUCUGUAUUGAAUGGGUUUCCCUUUCAUACUGCAAUAUACCUUUAUACAAUAUAGAGAACAAGGUCAUGUUUUCACACCAGGGUGUAGGACUCCCUUUAUAAGGCUUUGUAAUGUUAACCGUUCAAAUAGUUUGGGAUUUUUUUAAUAGUUGUGUCUCUCUUUUGGCUGUGAGGCUUUGUAUGCAGGUCACUGAUGCUAUAAAAUGAUUAUGGAGACACAUUGGGUAACAGCUCUUAUUAAAAAAGCAAAAUGAAAAGA